ACUAAUAUUUAAAACCUCAUAUCCGCUCGCUCUUACUACACACCACACUUUCUUCCACGCCUCACAUUCUUUCGACCCUCCACCUUACACACCUUUUAAUACUUCACAAUGCCUUUCAAGGAUGGAGACGCUAAGAAGGGUGCCAACCUCUUCAAGACACGAUGCGCCCAAUGCCACACUCUCGGUGAGGGUGAGGGAAACAAGAUCGGCCCUAACUUGCACGGUCUGUUUGGACGCAAGACUGGUUCCGUUGAUGGCUUCUCAUACACCGAUGCCAACAAGGCAAAGGGAAUCACAUGGGAUAACGAUACCCUGGUAUGCACAAUGUCUCUGGAGUUCUAUUGGGGAACUGUACUAACGAAUGCCAUAGUUCGAGUACCUUGAGAACCCAAAGAAGUACAUUCCAGGAACGAAGAUGGCAUUCGGUGGAUUGAAGAAGGACAAGGAUAGGAACGAUCUGAUCACGUACGUUUGCCUUGUCCCAUACCUAUCGUAGUGUAGAAUUCGGGAAUACUCACUAACACAACCCACAGCUACCUCAAGGCAGAGACCAAGUAGACGCGGCUGGACUUGUAUGAUAGAAUAGACACUUGUACUCUAGGUUAGAUAGCAUUGAUGGGACGGGUUGCGCUGCAGCUGCGUGCGCGCGGCGCCGUGCAAUCAAAUAUCAGAUUCUCCUCUUUUCCAGUUCUCCAGCACAAGACAGGAUAUGAACGGAGUUUUCUCUUUUUGCUAGACGGGCUUGGGUUGAGUGUAGGUUGAUUGUAAAUAUACAUACAAAGCGUUCUUCGUUGUUCCUUGGGCACAUGAUC